AUGGACCUUCUUCAGUUCCUGACCUCCCUGUCUGUCCUGCUAUUGUCUGAAACAGGAGUCACAGACACCCUGAGGACCUCCCUGGACCCGAGCCUGGAGAUCUACAAGAAGAUGUUUGAGGUGAAGCGGCGGGAGCAGCUGUUGGCACUGAAAAACCUGGCACAGCUGAACGAUGUCCACCAGCAGUACAAGAUCCUGGAUGUCAUGCUCAAGGGGCUCUUUAAGGUGCUGGAGGACUCCCGGACAGUGCUCACUGCUGCAGGUGUGCUCCCAGAUGGGCCCUUCCCCCAGGACGAGAAACUGAAGGAUGCUUUCUCCCAGGUGGUGGAGAACACGGCCUUCUUCGGUGACGUGGUGCUGCGCUUCCCAAGGAUCGUGCACCACUAUUUUGACCACAACUCCAACUGGAACCUCCUCAUCCGCUGGGGCAUCAGCUUCUGCAACCAGUCGGGCGUCUUUGACCAGGGCCCCCACUCACCUAUCCUCAGCCUGAUGGCCCAGGAGCUGGGGAUCAGCGAGAAACACUCUGACUUCCAGAACCCAUUUAAAGUAGACCGCACAGAGUUCAUCUCUAGCACUGACCCUUUCCAGAAGGCCCUGAGGGAAGAGGAGAAACGCAGGAAGAAAGAAGAGAAGCGGAAAGAGAUCCGAAAAGGCCCUCGGAUCUCAAGAUCACAGUCUGAGUUAUAG